AUGUCUGUUCCUCCUCGUCCUGACCCUCCUGUGGUUGGCAAAGUGACGCAUAACAGCAUUGAGCUGUACUGGAAAGCUGCAGAAGCCAGCCACCAAGGUAAAGGUGACAGUCGAGUGCGUUACUGUGUCCAAGAGGAAGAACUGGGCCCAAAAUCCAAAGGCUUUGGUAAUGUCUACUCAGGAUACAGUACAAUGUGAGCUUUACUUUAUAUUUUGGAAAUGAUGAUCAGGCCUAAUUAUUUAUAAAAUCGUGAUUCGGUCAAAUCUUAAUUAAAAUUCCUUGAUUAAAAUUAUAUUUGCCUUUGUUGUAAUUUAUAACUGAUUAUCACAUAUCACCAUACUUAAAGCAAAGGAAAAUAUGAUUUAAACCACAACAUAACUGUGGUGAAAAAAAUUGUGCACUUUACAUGUAAAGCAAUUUGGAUUAGAGUCAAAAUUUGCAGUCAUUUUAGCUAUUGGUAAGUCAAUUGAAGGGGUCCAUGGAACAUUAAGGCUGCAAGUAACUGACUCAAAAAAUACAGGCCUCAGUGACUGGUAGGAAUCACUUAGGGAUUUGUCCUAAAUUCUGGCUACUGUCAAUGAGUGUUUUUCACCAAAAUUGAACCCAAACAUUAACAAUGCCAAUCAUUUUUGCCGGGUUGGGUUUCAUGCGACACCCCUUUCAGCUGUUUUCCUUCCAAGAUCUAAUCUCUACUUUUGUUCCAAGUCCUGUUUGCAUAGUUAGAGCUCUUGUCCUGAUUAACGGUUCCUCAAGGACCAAAUUACUCACUGACAGAUCUUCAUGUCUCAUCCAGUGUCCUGCUGUUUCUGUAACAGCACAUAAAACCAACACUAGCUUAUUUCCUAUACUUUUAUCAAGUUUAACCCUUUCCAUUGCUUCAUUAUUGAUUUGAGGACUUAUCUUUUCUUUCUUUCUGUGGUAUCGUUGCGUUGGCUUUUAUCAUUUCUCUCUUUCUCUCUCUCUCUCUCUGUCAGGAAUGUGUUUAAUGGUCUGGAGGCACGCACACAGUACCGAUAUAGACUGAAAUGUAUGAACGACUUUGGAUCAAGUGCUUGGAGUCCUGUUGUUACUGUGUCAACAACAAAGAAACCACUGACCAGUGAGGAUCUUCAGCGGGCCGUAACCAAAGGAGAUGUGGAAACUGUCAAAAAUAUUUUACCGGGUAAAUCCGAACAGUAAGGUUCAAGCAAUUAACAAGCAGCUUACAAGAACAUGCCUCCCAACUCUGGUGCUUUAGGGCUUGAGUUUUUCCUGCCUUCAGAUCAAAAAAAUAUUCAAUCUUACACCAGCUCCUGCAUACAGAUCAAAUUUCUUUACUGAAAGAAAAAAUUGGGCUAUUACAACCUCAACCGGCACAUUUUCAAAAAAUGUACAAAUUCUACAAAAUUCAAAGCAGUGCACGAAAAGAAAGAAUCCAUGUGAAUGAUCCUACUUUCCCAGAAAUUUCCAAUUUUUAGAACAGAAAUCACUGGAACUUAAAACUCUUUGGAACAUCUUUUUAACAUGAUGUUGGCUAGCUUUCCUAUUUUUUGCCUUAAAUAAAUUGGUCAAUUUUUUUUAAAGGUCUCAGUUGGCAGGCUGUUGAUUCACCUGAUAAGUUUGGUUUGUCUCCUCUCAUGGUUGCAGGUACGUAAGCAAUCACGAUUUUUGUCUUUUUCUGUUAAGACUUUUUUGUUGAUGAAACCACCUUCCAUUAUCUGAAUUGACCAGAUCAAUAGGGUGCAGGAUAUGAGUAUAAGUACAUAAUAAUAUUUUAAAUAGUAUUAUUGUCCUAAUAUUUUGUUCUGAUGCCUCAAGUCUGUUGUCCCUUGCUUGGAACAUUAAUAGUUCAAAUAUUUCAGUUGAAUGUUUCAUCCCCACAUAAGUUUGUCAUAUACUAACCGUAUAAUUAAUAUUUUGCAUGGUUUUUUUGUUUCCACCUUGUAGCACAAAGAGGCUAUGUGGAAGUAGCAAGAGUAUUACUAGAAAGCUCAGCAGAUGUGAACUUUCAGAGCAGCAGUGGAAAGACAGCAUUGAUGAUGGCUUGCUACUCUGGUGAAUGACAUCAGAUGUCAUAUCUAACAUGAUUUUUAUUUCUCUGUUGUUGGGACUUAAGGGAGGUCUAAUCUCUUCCCCUUACUUUUCACAGAGAAUUAAGGGGCUGUUUUGUCUUGAAAAACUGUUUCAUCAACCUGUAUAAAUUUUUCAGCAACAAGCCCGCUGCACUACUGACUAUUGAGCUUAUUUUAUUGCUAUGUAAAAUAAAACUAUGCUGUGUGAGACAUCUCGUCACCCUUUCAUUCUCAGUAAAAGUACAAGGAAAAAUCCACCAAAAUUUUCUUUUUCAAGAAUUCAAAAUGAGCAAAGUUGAGAGACUCUUCAUGAUGGUUGAAAGCUAAAGAGCCUAAAAAGCACUUAUGUUACUUGCUUUGUCCAGACUAUGCUUUAGCUACAUGUAUUAGUUAUGUUUUUUGCAAUAUUCCAAAUUGAGAGUGGUGCAAAAUGGUGGGCAAAGGAAAGAGAAGAGUCCUGAGGAGACAGAGAGAGUCUCUCUUCAUUUUUUUCCCUGUCUAUUUUUCACCCACGUUCUUCUAUCUGAAUGCCUGGAACAGGCUAUUUCCCAAAUGUAAAGAAGCUGGUACAAGUUAUUAAAUUUUAACACACUGACUUAUAAGCAUCCAUGGAACAGGGGCUGAUUCUUGUUACUUGCUUCCCAGGUCAUAUUGAAGUUGGGAAGCUGUUAAGGCAGUACAAUGCCAGCUGGGAUUUAGUAGAUAAGACAGGCUCUACAGCCCUUCACUGGGCAGUGGACGGAGCCAAUUUAGACAUGAUCCGCUGGAUGCUACAGGAUGGCUGCAGNAAGAGCCUAAAAAGCACUUAUGUUACUUGCUUUGUCCAGACUAUGCUUUAGCUACAUGUAUUAGUUAUGUUUUUUGCAAUAUUCCAAAUUGAGAGUGGUGCAAAAUGGUGGGCAAAGGAAAGAGAAGAGUCCUGAGGAGACAGAGAGAGUCUCUCUUCAUUUUUUUCCCUGUCUAUUUUUCACCCACGUUCUUCUAUCUGAAUGCCUGGAACAGGCUAUUUCCCAAAUGUAAAGAAGCUGGUACAAGUUAUUAAAUUUUAACACACUGACUUAUAAGCAUCCAUGGAACAGGGGCUGAUUCUUGUUACUUGCUUCCCAGGUCAUAUUGAAGUUGGGAAGCUGUUAAGGCAGUACAAUGCCAGCUGGGAUUUAGUAGAUAAGACAGGCUCUACAGCCCUUCACUGGGCAGUGGACGGAGCCAAUUUAGACAUGAUCCGCUGGAUGCUACAGGAUGGCUGCAGAGUGGAUAUCAAAGAUGAAACUUCAGGUGGAUUCAAAUAAAUAGUAUUGUAUUAAUUUUAUCAUCACAAAGUAGGCUUGUAUUUUGGAAGGGGUACUUUCUUAUGGGUAGGUGCCUCUAUCCUUCGUGCGGGCUUUUAGGGGUUGGGUAAGAGAGGAUAAAGAGAAUUUUUUCGCCACCUCAACCCGGAGAACUUGCUUGCAGACUACUGUAAUAUCUUACAUUAAUUUUCAUUCGCAUAAUAGGUUGUUUAUGUAAUUUUCUAGACUCUAUUUAUAUUUUUAUGUCGUUUAAAUAUAUUUUUGUAUAGUUAUUUGCAAUUUUUCUGUAUGUACAUUUGAAAAGCCCAGUUAUGUAUGUGUAUGUAGCGCAUUUUGACCCAUUCUGCUUGUUCUUGUAUCCGUGACUGAGGAUAAGAAGAGACCAUUCGUAGUCUAAAGCUCGUGCGUGGCACAUCUUUAAAUCUGGGUUUUACUUUCUUUUUUUUUUUAUGUUGCCCGUAGGGUGGACUCCACUCAUGAGAGUGGCUGCUGUGAAUGGAAAUGUUAAUGUGGCUAAGGUGCUUAUACAUCACGGAGCAAACGUACAUACAAUGGAUAAAGAAGGAAAAACAACGCUCAUGAACGCUGCACUCAACGGAUUCGAGGCGCUGGUCAAGCUUUUGGUCAAAAAGGGCGUGUCGAUAAAGCUGAGAUCCGAGCACGGCAAAACAGCGCUUGAUUUCGCGAGGUCAUUUGAACACGAGAGGGUUAUUCAGGUUUUACAAGAACAGUUGGAUGCCAUAAGGAAAGAAGAGAACGAAAGAAAACUGGCCGAGGCAAAAGAGCAGAGGCGGAGCCUUGAGAAGAUCGACAGUAGUGUUGUGAAACCUGUCACAAAUGGGACUCAGAGCUUUAAUGGAAAAGAAAAUGAAUCCGUAGGCUAA